AUGAAAGUCCUGCUUUGUGACUUCCUGCUGCUCAGCCUCUUCUCCAGUGUGUUCAGCAGUUGUCAGAAGGACUGUCUCACCUGUAGAGAGAGACUUCGCCCUGCCCUUGAUAGUUUUAACCUUGAGAUGUGCAUACUCGAGUGUGAAGAGAAGAUCUUCCCCAGCCCUCUCUUGACACCAUGCACCCAGAUCCUGAACAAAAGGUCCUGGCAGCUGGCUCCCACUGACCCAGAGCACGAGACCACGGCCCUUCAUCAGCCACAAGCGCCGGAGAUGGAGAACCUGAAGCGCAUGCCCCGCAUCCGGAGCCUAAUCCAAGCGCAGGAAAACACAGAGCCUGGCAUGGAAGAGGCUGACGAGAUGAAGCAGAAGCAGCUGCAGAAGAGGUUCGGGGGUUUUACUGGGGCUCGGAAGUCAGCCCGGAAGUUGGCCAACCAGAAGCGGUUCAGUGAGUUUAUGAGGCAGUACCUCGUCAUGAGCAUGCAGUCCAGCCAGCGCCGGCGCACCUUGCACCAGAAUGGUAAUGUGUAG